ACCUGCCGUGCUGUCAGCUGAUUGGCUGGAGGCUUCACCUGUCCAUCAAUAUACUCUAUGACUCCCACCAUGACCUGCUGAUAUCACCUCCCUCCUCUUCCUCCUCUUCCUCCCCCUCCUCCCCUCUCUAUCCAACAAAAUGGCCCCGACCGAUUGGUUGUCACCAUGGCGACCGCCGCUGGCGCUGCUGCUCCUGCUGGCUUCCUGUUUCCUGUCCGAGUCCGCCUCGACCUCGCCGUUCCCCAAAGACCUCGAACCAAUCAGCACCGUCAGCUGGGAGCACUCGUAUCAGUUUCCAGGGUUUCAGGGUCUGCUGCAGGACAACGACACACUGAGACUCGGUCUGGACUUUCAGAGAAUGUUACGCAUCAACCACAUGCUGUACAUCGCAGCCAGGGAUCACGUGUUCGCUGUCAACCUGACGACGGCCUCCGAGCGGUUCGUCCCUCAGCUGAAGCUGACGUGGAAAUCCAAAGACGUCAGCAAGUGUACGGUCCGAGGGAAGAACAGCGACGAAUGUUACAACUACGUCAAAGUUCUGGUUCCCCGAAACGACGAGACGUUGUUCACCUGCGGCACCAACGCCUUCAACCCCACCUGCAGGAACUACAAGAUGACGAGUCUGGAGCCGGUUGGAGAGGAAGUAGUCGGUCAGGCUCGAUGUCCCUUCGAGUCCGUCCAGUCCAACGUUGGACUGUUUGCUGGAGGAGACUUCUACUCGGCCACGAUGACGGACUUCCUGGCCAGCGACGCGGUGAUCUACCGGAGCCUCGGAGACGGCCGGCCCGUCCUCAGAACCGUGAAGUACGACUCCAAGUGGCUCCGCGAGCCGCACUUCCUGCACGCCAUCGACUACGGAAACUACGUUUACUUCUUCCUGCGUGAGAUCGCUGUGGAGAACACGGCUCUGGGGAAGGUGGUGUUUUCUCGGGUCGCUCGCGUCUGUAAGAACGAUAACGGCGGAUCUCCCAGAGUCCUCGAGAGAUACUGGACUUCAUUCCUAAAGGCUCGUCUGAAUUGUUCGGUUCCUGGAGAUUCGUUCUUCUACUUCGACGUUCUUCAGUCUCUCACCAACGUUCUGCAGAUCAACCAGAGACCAGCCGUGGUGGGAGUCUUCACCACUCAGUCCAACAGCAUCCCAGGCUCAGCAGUGUGUUCCUUCUACAUGGACGACAUCGAGAAAGUCUUUAACGGGAAGUUUAAGGAGCAGCGGACCAGCGACUCGUCCUGGACUCCUGUCCCUGACGAGCAUGUCCCCCGUCCUCGACCGGGGACGUGUGCCGGAGACGGUCCGGCUGCAGAUUACAAGUCAUCGGUUCAGUUUCCUGAUGAGACGCUGACGUUCAUUAAGUCUUACCCACUGAUGGACGAAGCUGUCCCCUCCGUCAACCACCGGCCCUGCUUCACCAGGACAGCCAGCAGGUCCAAGCUGACCCAGAUCGUGGUGGACGUCUCAGCCGGACCCUCCAAAGACCGGACCGUCAUGUUCCUGGGCUCCGAGGACGGCAGAGUCCUGAAGGUUCUGGCCAGCACGGAUCCAGAUCACAGCUUUGGAUCCAGACUGCUGGAAGACAUCGACGUCUACAACCCGACCAAGUGUAACGUUCAGGGACAGGAGGACAGGAGAGUUCUGGGUCUGGAGCUGGAUAAAGACCAUCAUGCUCUGUUUGUGGCCUUCAGCAGCUGCGUGAUCCGAGUCCAGCUGAGCCGCUGCAGCCGACACGGAGCCUGCAGACAAGCUUGUCUGGCCUCUCGUGACCCAUACUGCAUCUGGCUGCGGACAGGAAGUUGUGCCAACAUGGCGCCUGGUUUCAAGGCGGGGUUUGAACAGGACAUCGAGGGCAACCAUUCGCUUCACCCGGACGGCUGCCACGCUGAUGUGAUGGCGACCACGAGGAACCACGAGGCUGCAGCCGACUCCGCCUACGGCGUUCGUCGUGUGCCGGAGCUGGAUCAGCGCUCCGCGGCUAACGUUCACUACACGCUGCUGCUGGCCUGCGUGCUGGUGGCCUUCCUCCUGGGAGCCUUCCUGUCCGGCUUCCUGGUGUCGUGUUACUGCAGCCGCAGCGCCGCCCAGCGAGCUACGAGGCUCAGCAAAGACCCGGAAGCCUCGCUGCCUCACGCCUUGUCCCUCAGAUCCCUCGCCAAGCUCAACGGACUGCUGGACGGACAGCAGAAGGAGGACAAACUGGACGUCUCCACUCCUCAGAUGUACAGUUCCUUCAUCCCAAACGGCCUGGCGGAGCUCCAAAGCCCUGGACCCCAGGGCCCGGUGCUGGGGGACCGAGACCUCAGCCUGUCCCAGUCUCUGUCCCAGGCGGACGGCGAGCUGUCCGGUCUGCCGACGCCGGACUCCACACCGGAGCUCCCCAUCAAGAACAUGAAGGCUCUGCAGCAGCAUCAGUACGAGAAGAACCAGAACUGCAACAACGGCAAAGACAACCACCCGAAACCUGCUCCCAGCUGCUCCGGGUCCGGUCUGGGCUUCGUGGCCGUCGUCGGCAACUCCGUGACCCAGCAGCUGUUCCCCUUCUCUCAUCACCAUGGCAACAGUCUGAGCAACGGACUGGCCCACGGAGCGGGCGCGUCUUCAUCCUCCCUGCACCUCCUGGAGGAGAGGAAGAUCUCCGGUGAUGAGCGGUCAUCAGGAGGAGGAGGAGUUCCCCACCACCAGUCCCAGCAGUCUCUGCCUCAGUCGGUGGUUGACGUGUCGGCGCUGGACGAGCUGCUCAAACACAUCCACGAGGUCAGCGCGUCGGGAACCGGAGGCAUCAAGGUCCUGACCUCCUCCUCCUCCUCCUCCGUGUUCCCCGGGCCGUCCUCGUCCUCUGGAGGACAUCACCACGGUCACCAUCACACACAUCAUCACAGUCACCAUGGGCAGACCCGCACCCACCACUACAACCACAGCCAUCACCAUAGCAACCACCACAGCAGCAGCGGCGGCGGUGGUCACCAUCACCAGCAGCAGAUCCCUGAGACAGAAUCGUCUCCGUACUACAGCACCUCCACGCUGCCGCGGGACGGCCUCCCCAAACGCCUCGACGCACCUGCUCAAACCUCUAGCUCCUCCUCCGCCUCCUCCUCUUCGUCCUCCUCCAACAACCCCACCUCCUCUACCUCCAUCCCCUCCUCCUCCUCCUCCUCUUCCUCCACUCCACUCCAGCAGCAGGUGAUUCCAGAGCGGCCCGGUCAGAGCGCCGCCUCCGUCACCCGCCACCAUUCGCAGCGCCAAUCCCUCAUCAAGAUGGGCAGCGGAGGCGGCGCAGUGCCGCGUCACCACAGCUUCAACCAGCGGGGGGCGCCACACGCACACUUCCUCGCCAGGAUGAACACCAACAGCAGCAGCAACGGGCCGCCGGCCGCCAGCAGCAGCGAGAGCCGGCGGCCGCUGACCGGCAGCAGCUGCCUGACGCGGCAGCACAGUUACAGCGAAGGACCGCACGUUCAACGCGCCGCCAUCGUCCGGCGGACGGCGUCGCUCAAACCUCAAGUUCCGCCAAAGCCGCUGUUCCUUCCGAACUCAGCCACGUCACCGGUAGCAGAGCAGGGAAAGUACAAAUACUGAGGAUUGAAAGCUGCCGGAG